AUGAUGCAAUUAUUGAGUAAUAAAUGCGGAGUUCUUAAUUAAUAUUGGAUACACAUUUUAACUAAAUUUAUUAUGAGAGUUGGUAUUAAUUUGCAUCAGAAAACUUUGUAACACACCAAGUGUCCAUUCCUUAAGACUUUCAACAUUAAUGUUACAUCUGAACAGGCCUUAGCCAAAUACACCAAAUUUUGCCCUUAUCUUCAUUUCAAGGAGAUGAAAUCCGAACCCAAGAAGUGCCCAAUCGACCAUAGCCAAUUCUAUUCGAAUCAAUUCAAGGGAGUCAUUCAGUAAAUUAAAGACGAAGGCCGAUACAGGGAAUUCAAGAGUUUAUUACGAACCAAUGGAGAAUUCCCAAGAGCCAUCAAUAAGACCCCUUCUGGAGAUCAAACAAUAACAUUGUGGUGCAGCAACGACUACUUAGGAAUGUCCUAAAAUCCAAUGGUAACUUAGGCCACAAAAAAUGCAAUCGAUCUAACAGGAAUAGGAGCAGGAGGAACCCGUAACAUAGGAGGCACAAGUAUCUACCACGUGGAGUUGGAAAGAGAACUAGCAGAUUUGCACAGAAAAGACAGUGCUUUGGUUAUGAACAGUGGUUACGUUGCCAAUAUGGCCACAUUGGAUACUCUCGGCAAAGUGCUUAAAGACGUGACAUUUUUGAGUGAUGCCAAGAAUCAUGCAUCUCUAAUUGAAGGCAUGAGGGCUACCAAAAGGGAUAGAGUCAUUUUUAAACAUAAUGAUUAUAAAGAUUUGGAGGAGAAAUUAAAAUAAUUAGACAUUUAAUAAAACAAAGUCAUAGUAUUCGAAUCAGUUUAUUCUAUGAAUGGUACUGUUGCACCAAUCUCAUAGUUCAUCAACCUGGCAAAGAAAUACAAUGCUCUUACCCUCAUCGAUGAGGUCCAUGCAGUAGGUAUGUAUGGCGAUAGAGGGGCAGGAGUAACAGAAAAACUCGGAUUGUAGAAGGAAAUAGAUAUAGUAACAGGAACCUUGGGCAAAGCCUUUGGAUGCUCUGGAGGCUAUGUAUCAGCCAACGCAGAAAUCGUAGAUGCUGUCAGAAGUACUGCCAGUAACUUCAUUUUCUCAACAUCCAUGUCUCCGAUCAUUGCAGCAGCUUGUUUGGAGUCUGUUAAAUAUCUCAAAACUCAUCCAGAAAUCAGAGAUAGACAUCAAUAUGUGGCUUCUCUUAUUAAAGCUAAGUUAAAGAGCAAGGGCAUUCCAGCUCUCAACAGUGCUUCCCAUAUCGUUCCAGUUUUUAUUGGAGAUCCUGUUUUGUGUAAAGAGGCUUCUGAAAAAUUACUCAACGAAUACAACAUCUAUAUAUAACCAAUCAACUAUCCAACAGUUCCAAGAGGAUAGGAGAUACUACGUAUUUCUCCGACUCCAUUACAUACUGAGGAGAUGAUUGAUGAGUUGGUUGACUCUAUCGAAUGUGUAUUCAAGAGCCUAAAUUUAAGAAUGGAAUCUUAGUACACUGCAGAACAAAGAGCAAUCUUUUAAUGAUAGUAAAUUAUCUUCAUUAAUAAUAAUACACAAAAAUAAC